AUGUCGGAGUUUCCUGUUAAGCCCUCAUGUUCGAAGGAGGAACCGAAGCCAACACAAACCAGUUACGAAGAGCUGGUAGAGCUGGAAAAUGACGUCUUGGUUGCCAACAGAGAACCGUUCGAGUGUCCUGUCUGCUUCGGAGCGUUCCGGCCGUACGAGGGCAUCGUGCUGCGGGAUUGUCUGCAUUCGUUCUGUAGCCAGUGCCUCGUCGACACUAUCCAACACAGUGGCGAUGUGGAAAUACGCUGCCCGUACAGGGACACCGUGUACAGCUGUGAAAGUAUCUUGCAGCAACGGGAAAUCAAAGCGCUGGUCAGCGAGGAAGUGUACGAGGCGCAUCUAGCUAAAUCGAUUCGGACGGCGGAAGCCGCGAUCGGUAACACGUUUCACUGCCGAACGCCCAACUGUCGCGGUUGGUGCAUUUUCGAAGGCAACGUUACCGAGUUCAAGUGUCCGUUGUGCACAAUUGUUAAUUGUGUUGCUUGUCGGACAAUACAUGCGGGACACAAUUGCAGAGAGUACUUAGACAUGCAACGAUAUGAGCAGAACGGCGGACAUAACGAAAUAACGCUGCAGCGGAUGGUUGAGACGGGUGCUGCUAUGAGGUGUCCAACCUGUAAGAUGGUGGUAACGAAGGUUGAUGGUUGUGACGGAAUCACGUGCACCAUGUGUAAGACCGCGAUAUGCUGGGCAACGCGUGGACCGCGCUGGGGACGAGCCGGCAAAGGCGAUAUUAGUGGCGGUUGCCGCUGCGGCGUCAAUGGAUUCAAGUGCCAUCCACAGUGUAAAAACUGCCAUUAA